CGUCAUUUUGCCGGUUUACCCAUAGUGCACCCGGGCCGAUUCUUUCUUCUCGGUUGUGUGGUGCUCCAAAAUGUCGCUUUUGGAAGGUCCGCUUAAUGUCUUCGGCCAGAGAAAUACUGGCGAGUCUGUUCGCACUCAAAAUGUCAUGGCCGCAGCUUCCAUCGCGAACAUCGUCAAGAGUUCUCUCGGACCCUACGGCCUCGAUAAGAUGCUGGUGGACGACAUUGGGGAUGUUACCAUCACCAACGAUGGAGCAACCAUUCUCAAGAUGCUGGAGGUGGAACAUCCAGCUGCCAAAGUCCUGUGUGAGCUGGCUGACCUGCAGGACAAGGAGGUUGGAGAUGGAACCACAUCAGUAGUGAUUCUCGCUGCAGAGCUGCUGAAAAGUGCAGACGAGCUGGUAAAGCAGAAGAUUCAUCCAACCUCAGUCAUCAAUGGAUACCGCCUGGCUUGCAAAGAGGCAGUGCGCUACAUAAACGAGAACCUCACCAUUGGAACCGAUGAUCUGGGAAGAGAAUGUCUCAUCAACGCAGCCAAGACCUCCAUGUCUUCAAAAAUCAUUAAAGUUGAUUCGGACUUCUUUGCAAACAUGGUGGUCGACGCCGCCAUGGCGGUGAAGUUUGUGGACAGCAAGGGCGUGGCCAAAUACCCCAUCAACUCUGUGAACGUGUUGAAAGCUCACGGUCGCAGCCAGAAGGAGAGUUUUUUGGUCAACGGAUACGCGCUGAACUGCACGGUCGGCUCUCAAGGAAUGGUGAAACGGAUCGUCAAUGCGAAGAUCGCCUGCCUGGACUUCAGUUUGCAGAAGGCCAAAAUGAAAAUGGGAGUUCAAGUCAUCAUCAGCGACCCGGAGAAACUCGAUCAGAUCAGACAGAGAGAGUCUGACAUCACCAAGGAAAGAAUCCAAAAGAUUCUGGCUGCUGGAGCAAAUGUCAUUCUGACCACUGGAGGCAUCGACGACAUGUGUCUGAAGUACUUCGUGGACACAGGAGCCAUGGCUGUGAGGAGGGUUCUGAAGAGGGACCUCAAACGCAUCGCCAAGGCAACAGGAGCCGUCGUCUGCCCGUCUCUGUCCAACCUGGAGGGAGAGGAAACCUUCGAGGCCACCAUGCUCGGUCAGGCUGAAGAGGUUGUUCAGGAGCGCGUCUGUGACGAUGAGCUCAUUCUGGUCAAGAACACCAAAGCUCGCACUUCAGCCUCCAUCAUUCUGCGAGGAGCUAACGACUUCAUGUGCGACGAGAUGGAGCGCUCGGUCCACGACGCUCUGUGUGUGGUGAAGAGGGUGCUCGAGUCUAAGUCUGUGGUACCAGGAGGGGGCGCUGUGGAGGCCGCUCUGUCCAUUUACCUGGAGAACUAUGCCACCAGCAUGGGUUCAAGAGAGCAGCUCGCCAUCGCAGAGUUUGCUCGCUCUCUGCUGGUCAUCCCAAAGACGCUGGCAGUGAACGCAGCACAGGACUCCACCGACCUGGUGGCCAAGCUCCGCGCCUUCCACAACGAAGCUCAGGUCAACCCGGAGCGCAAGAACCUCAAAUGGAUUGGUUUGGACUUGAUGAACGGCAAACCCCGAGACAACCGUCAGGCUGGUGUGUACGAACCCACCAUGGUGAAGACUAAAAGCCUCAAGUUCGCCACUGAAGCUGCGAUCACCAUCCUCCGCAUCGACGACCUCAUCAAACUGUUCCCAGAGCCUAAAGAAGGCGGGCAGUCCUACCGGGACGCCGUGCACUCGGGCUCUCUGGAGGGCUGAGACCCGUUUACUCACACACACUUGUAUUUAUAACGAGUUCUUCGCCGCUGUUGCUUCAGUGUAGCCGCUCACUUUACCUGUUGUUGCCCACGUUCAGUUCUGGAGCUGCUGCUUCCAGAGGAUUUUUUUUUGCAGACGUAAUAAAGGUCCAAUGUUGCAAAGAA